AUGGAAAAUCCUACUUAUUAUCAAGUCUUGGAGGUUUCGCCAAGCGCCUCAUACGAUGAAAUAAAGAAAGCAUACAGAAGAUUAGCACUGAGAUACCAUCCCGACAAGAACAAACAGAUUAGCAAUGAACUCGGAAGUAAAGCCAUAAAUAGCCGGUUUGUCCUCAUCCAUGAAGCUUACAGUACCCUAAGUAAUCCAGAAAGUCGUAAUCGAUACGAUAUUCAACGUCGUCGUGGUGGCAGCGAUUAUGGUAGACAACGACAUGAGUUUACUUCACAACAAGAGUUUGAAGAGUAUCGUAAAAUGCAACUUAUUUAUAAGCUGUAUCGGGAGCUAAUGGCGAAUAAAGAACGUCUGACAGAGUUGUGGGCAACUUAUACGAAAUUUGCAGCACAAUAUGGAUGGCUUCCGAAUAAUGAUGACGAAGAGGUUAAUAAACCUUUUAUCUAUGCAUAUGAGAAAGAGAUAACUGAAAUCAUGUCAAGCAUUCUUCUAGAGUCUGAUGAUUUAUUUGUGGCUGGUGGCAUAGAUAAUAGUCAAGAUGAUGUUGAGGAUGAUGUAACACUUAAAUAUAUCCAAGAGGAUGAUAUUAUGCAAAUCCUGGAUACACCACAUUGGAUUCUAAUUGACAAAGAGACCUUAAUCACAAAUUACCAAAUGUGUGAAUUCACUUUUUCACAUCAGCUACUUCUGUUUGCUGUGACCAAGAUUGUGUCUCCGUUAAUGAUGGCUGUUGAAGAAAGCGUCGUGGUAUUGAUGCUCGUAAAAAAGCUACAAUUGAAAGUAAUAGAAUAUUUGCAACAAAUUAAUCAACUAUUAGAGGAACACGGGGAAACUGCGCUUCCACCUAUCGUGGGAAAAAUCAAAGAUGGACAACAUAUUAUACGACAAGCCGAGAUACUUUCAAAGCAUCCCAUCAUAGCUAAGAUGGAUAAGGGGCGAUUUGGGCAAAAUACUCAUCCUCUAAUCGGAGCGGCCGCUCUCUUCGGACCACCAAUUGCUGGAUACUCUUUUUAUUGGUCAAUUGUUGCGAUUUCAUUGGUGAGCGCGAUUAGUGUGCGUUCUAAUAAAGGAGAUCUAGAGAGUUUUCGACAAUUUCUCGAGUUAUUUGAUACUAUAACCUCAUUGUUGAUGCGUAACUUAGAAGAUAAGAAAACAAACGAACAUUAG